AUGUUCGCAGAGGCACGGAAUUACAUUGCAUGUUGUCCCUCAUCCUAUCAAUUUCAUCCUCCAGACACGACGGUUGAUCCAGAUCGACCUGCCUAUGGCGGUACAUGCUACAGCGACCUUCCCGCCAAGACAAACGUCCCAGUAAUCGCAUACGAUGAAGAAGGCGACACAGCAAGCAAGGCCUUCAGCCAGAGUGUCAGCGGCGGACAAGCCUUCGCACAUCCCAUCGACGGCUGGGCUCUCACUUCGCCCACAAUCAUCGGCUGCCCAACCUCGUCAGCAUCCCUAACAUCGGACGCCGACUCGGACGGCGCAGCAGUUCACUCCAGUACACGAUCUUCGGCAUCGAUUCGUAGUUCAUCCCAAGCUGGUGCCGGCGCCGAUGUAUCCAACGCCUCUUCCACCGCGACAGCGUCUUCUGACAGCGGCGUUUCCACUGGCGCCAUCGUAGGUGCCACGAUCGGUGGCUGCGCCGCCCUCGCUCUCCUCGUUGGCCUCGUCUGGUUCCUCCUUGCGCGGCGCCGCAAGAACGUCAUACCCAAAGACGCCCACCAGAUGGCCGAUGACCUGGGCGGCCCAAAAACAUACUACCGCUCGGAAGGCCAGACCCAGUAUAAUAGCCACGAGGUGAGCGCAUAUCCGCAGGAGAAGUCACUUUCCGCCGAGACACAUGCGUCGGAGUGGAGACCGAGUCAGCUGAACGACGGGCAUGGGGCUUUUGAGAUGCAGGCUGUGAAUGCGCAGGAGUUGCCGGCGGAGGGAAUGAAGGGUGGAGAUUCGAAGGUUAUGGGGUUUUAUGCUAGGUGA